UCCAUUAAGUUUAUGGCUCUCCAAGGACAGCAACCCGACGCAGAUUCCCAGACCGAGGCUGAGCGACCAACCAUUGUUUGAUUCAAGGCCAUUUUAAUCAUUCUUCAAGUCUUCAGCAAAACAAAAGAGAUUGAGUUUUUCAACUAUUCUCAUUCCGAGCAGUCCCCCGUCACGGAGCUUCAAUUUUGCUGCAAUCGAGGAUGAUGGUAAUGCCAGUUUCUGCAACUGUGAUGAUGAUGUUGAUAAUCGUAGUCCGUGGCUAAUGCUUAUGGCGAACUGUUGUUGAUUGGUAUCAUGGGAUCGCUAGUUCUGAGUCAGACUCAUUUCUGCAAUCCCCUAGAAAGCGGGGGCUUAAUGGCAGAGCUUAAAGUAAAAGAACAGGAGUGCUUUUCAUUGCUGAAAAAAUGCGCCACAAUGGAUGAAUUCAAGCAUUUGCAUGCUCAAAGUGUCAAACUUGGGCUCGACCAGGAUGUUCGCCGGGCAGGAGACCUUGUCGCAGCCUGUGCUCUCUCCGUUUGGGGCAGCAUGGACUAUGCACGCUCAAUUUUUGACAGAACUGAUAAUCCAAAUCCAUUCAUUUGGAACACCAUGAUCAGAGGAUAUGUGGAGAAAGGUGAGCCAGAGGAGGCCCUUCUUUUGUUUAGAGACAUGACUGAAGCAGAUGCAAGUGUAGAUAAUUUUACUUUUCCAUUUGUUCUCAAGGGCUGUGCUCAUCUAUCUGCUCUAAAGGAAGGGAUUCAAGUUCAUGGGUUGAUUCUUAAACUAGAUUUUGGUUCCGAUCUUUUUAUACAGAACAGCUUGAUCAGUAUGUAUGGCAGAUGUGGGGAGGUCAUGUCAUGUCGCCAAGUCUUUGAUCUUAUGCCUCUUAAAAAUGUUGCAUCUUGGAGUGCCGUCAUAUCAGCUUACACCAAGAUGGGUCUCUACAGUAAGGCGCUCAGGCUGUUUGAAGAAAUGCAGAUUGGAGGAUGGAAGGCUGAUGUGAGCACGUUGGUUAGUAUGUUAUCCGUGUGUGCUCACUUGAAUGCACUUGAUUUGGGAAGAUGCAUCCAUGGUGCUGCAGUUAGGAACUUAGUUCAGUUCAACGUCAUAGUCUACACUUCCCUGAUUGAUAUGUACGUGAAAUGUGGUUGUUUGCAAAAGGGAUUGCAGCUGUUCAACAAGAUGUCCAAAAUAAAGAACUUGCACACUUACAGUGUGAUGAUUUCUGGUCUUGCCCUUCAUGGUCGUGGCAAAGAGGCAUUGGACAUCUUCUUUGAUAUGUUAGCAGCAGGAGUUGAUCCAGAUGAAACAGUCUACACAAGUGUUCUGAGUGCCUGCAGUCAUUCAGGACUUGUGGAUGAAGGCCUUCAUUGUUUUGACAAGAUGAGGGUUCAACACAAAAUUGUUCCCACAAUGCAGCAUUAUGUUUGCCUUGUUGAUCUGCUUGGACGUGCUGGGAUGCUUGAUGAAGCACAUGAAGUCAUACAAAGGAUGCCAAUGUUGCCAAAUGAUGUCGUCUGGCGAUGCUUGCUAAGUGCUUGUCGAGUUCAUCACAAUGCUGCAAUUGGAGAACUGGCCGGCAGAAAGCUUUUCGAAUUAGACCAACAAUGUGUUGGCGAUUAUGUGCUUCUAUCAAAUAUAUAUGCGCAAGCUCAAAGAUGGGAUGAUAUGGCAGCAGUGCGGAAGAUGAUGGUGCAGAAAUGCCUGAUCCAAGUACCAGGAUUCAGCGUUCUAGAAGUGAACAAGAUAUUGCACAAGUUCGUCUCUCAGGACAAGUCACACCCCCAAAGCGAUGAAAUAUACGAAACGUUGCAUCAGAUAGGUUGGCAGUUAAAGUUUGAAGGUUACAGGCCAGACACAUCUGAGAUAUUGUUUGACGUAGAUGAGGAGGAAAAACAAAGACUACUCGCUGGUCACAGCCAAAAGCUUGCAAUUGCCUUUGCUCUUAUCAGCACGACCUCUGGACCAAUAAGGAUCACAAAGAAUCUUCGAAUGUGUAACGAUUGCCAUCUGACUACAGCAUUGAUCUCUAAGAUUUUCAAGAGAGAGAUUAUCGUCAGAGAUCGCAACCGGUUUCACCAUUUUAAAGAAGGUGUAUGUUCCUGUAAGAACUAUUGGUAAACCAGAGCGCUACUUAUCAGGAAACAGCAGCAGCAUUCCUUAACUGCUCUA